UUGCAGUUACCUACCAAGAUGCCUGUUUUGUUUCCACAAUUGCAUUCAUAAAAAUUCUAAACACUCUACAUUUGAUCUGCUUUAGAAGAGAGACAGAAAGCAGUAAAAAGCCCAUCCACUCUCCGUUAGGAGGGGUUAAUCCAUCCAUCCAUCCAUCCUGCAGGGUGAUUUUUGAUGGAUGCCCAAAUGCAGCACAGCUUAGCCCAACACUCAUCUCUGACAGACCGAAUCAUCCUCUCCUCUCCCUGAAAUCACACACACUCAACAGAUGGACCACUCUCAUCACCUUUCAGCACUGGUAAGCAGCCCCAUCAAUAUGGAGGAGGGGUGAGCGAGAGGGAGAGGAGCAAGUUGGGGAGGGGGUGAACAAGCUUUUCAAGUUUCUGUCAGUUGAGCUGGAAGCUCUACAGCAAGAGGAGUCGAGAAAAAUAACGGAGAUCUGCUUACGUUUCAUCUCUUCGGAUCAACAUGUUGCUUUGAAUUUUGGGAGCCAUUUUCAUCUUUAUUGUUAUAUUUAGGAGCAGACUGCAUUUGUUUCUUGUCAACAACUAUGGAACAAGAAAAGUUGGAGAAACCUGGUGGACUAUGAAGAAAUAUGGCGGUUCUUCUCUUCAUCUGCCACCAACUACAGAACACUGCUUGCUUAAAAAUCCUUUAAAGAAGAGAUGAGUGAAACCUUGUGGGACUUUACUUCACACACGUGGAGAUGUUUACACUAAAUUUUGGCAAGAAUGUUACAUACUGCGCAGCAAAAUCCUCCAAGACACCUGUGAAAUGAGGCAUUUUUCCUAAAAGAUCUUUCAAAAAAAUUACAGAUUUCCAGUUGUUGACGUUGUCUUUGUUCCUUUUCACCCUUAUAGACUGAGUCAGAAUGAAUAUCUGGCUUUUUCUUUUGCUUGCACCCGUCCUAAGAUCACAAGUGACUCCAAAAUUACCAGCAGUAUUGACCGGGGAGAUGGCCAACAGCUCUGAUUUUUCCACAAACACCACAAGAAGUUCUGAGGAAUCCCCCACAGAGCUUCCUGAGUUUGGUGAGACACCAUCAGAGGCGCCCACCGAGGUGGAGGAUGACUGGUCACCAGCAGAGACCUUUUUGUAUACAGGAGACCCCUCCACUUUGAAUAUGGCUCGUUGUUCGCGGGCGUACAGCACCAAAGCGCAAACUGGAUCUCUGCCGAGUAACUUCAACGCUCCACUCCAACCAGCUCAGGAUGCGCUGGCUAACACUGCAAACUUUCUCAACAUGGUGUUCCAGGCCAGCGACCUUCGGGAGAGUACAGUAGAUGAGGAUAUGGAGUGGUAUCACGCCCUAGUCCGCUCACUUUUGGAGGCAGACUUGCUUAUUCAACGGGCUUUGCUCACCUUUGACGCUGACCCCUCUGUCCCGGUGCCACAGCUGGUUCUUCGCGCAACUCGCAACCCAACUGGCAAACAGCAGGCCAUCCUCCUUCAGGACGUAUCCAAGGCCUGGGAGAGUCUCCACCCUCCAUCUCCUGCCCCCGAUGACAGCUGGUUUAGAAAACUGAAGUUCCCAGAGUCCGGCCAACCAACAGCUUCCCUGUCCAAGCGGGUUCUCCUCAAUGACCUCACCACAUUAGAUACGCCAAAGUGGGGACAGGGUGACAGCUACGUGACCAACCGAACCAGGGUACAGUAUGCCAGUGCCCCGUUUCUGGACUGUAAGGACGGGUAUUUUGAGCCUGGGUGGAUUCUCACCAUGUCUACCUCCUUCUACGGACUGAAGCCAGAUCUGACACCAGAGUUCAGAGGUGUUGUACGUGUAGAUGUGAACAUUCAGGACAUCGACUUGGAUCAGUGUGCAACAGGGGACAGCUGGUUUGCUGAUACUCACCAGUGCAAUCGCACCAGCAUGGAGUGUGUGCCGGUUCCAGGCCGGGGCUUUCGAAUCGGUCAGUACUGCUGCCGUUGCAAGGAAGGAUACUACAACCCGGAAAUCUCUCUUAAGGAUUCAAAUGGAGACCCUAUAAAUGGCAGCGAAAGCAGCCAUGCGUGUUACCCGAACAUGCCCAUCUGUCUCCCAUGCUGGCCCGGCUGUAAGAGCUGUCAGGACAGCACCCCCUGCUGGGUGCAGGAGGACAAGCUCCUCAGGGCCGGGGUGCUGGCCCUCCAGGGAGUCUUCAUGUUCCUCGUCUUUGUCAGCAUGCUGGUGGCCUAUCAGCACCGUCAAAACCGGAGGAUCCGCGCCUCCAGUCUCCUGCUGCUGGAAACCAUCCUGUUCGGCUCUCUGCUCCUUUACUUCCCGGUCUUCAUUCUGUACUUCAAGCCGAGCACGUUCAGAUGUAUUCUUCUGCGCUGGGUCCGAAUGCUUGGCUUCUCCGUUGUUUAUGGCACGAUCACACUGAAAAUGUACAGGGUGCUGAAGGUGUUCCUCUCACGGACGGCCCAGAGAAUGCCCUACAUGUCCAGCCUCCACCUGCUGAGGAUUCUGGGAGUGAUGCUGAUGACGGUCAGCUGGUUCCUGUGUGCGUGGACAGUGGGUGUGCUCCAGAACCGAGACAGGAACAUCCCUGUUAUUGUUACUGCCACAACGUCAGAUGGCCAGGGAUUCACCCUGUGCUACCUGGACCGCUGGGACUACAUGAUGGCUGUGGCUGAGCUCCUGUUCCUGUGCUGGGGCAGCUCCCUGUGGACCGCUGUCAGGCCGGUUCCCUCAGCCUUUCAUGAGCCUCGCUACAUGGGCAUCGCCAUCCACAACGAGCUCCUGCUCUCCUCCAUGUUCCACCUGUUUCGGUUCACCUUUCAGUCUCUGCAUCCUGACUGGAUGUUGCUGCUCUCCUUCAUGCACACCCAUGUCACCAUCACAGUUACACUUACACUGCUCCUCGUUCCAAAGUUUUUUUACGAGUCUAAGGCAAGAAGAGAGGAGAUAGCAGCAGAAGUGUAUGAAGAUGAAAUGGAUCUGCGACGUUCUGCCUCGUAUCUGAACAACAGCUUUUGUUCUGCUUGGAGCGAGCGCAGUAUGGACCCAGAUGAUUUUCAGGAUGAGCUUAAGAAGUUGUAUGCCCAGUUAGAGGUUCACAAGGUGAAGAAGAUGACAGCAAACAACCCUCAUCUGUCAAAGAAGCGCAGUUCUCGAUGUGCACUGGGAAGAUCGCUUAUCAAAAAAAUUGCUGAGUUCCCAGAAACCGUAAGUCGGCAGUGCAGCCGUGAAGAGAGGGAUGGAUCCUUCCGCAUUAGACGUGGGAGUCACUCUGAUUCGUUUAGGAUGGCGCCAGAUUCUGUAAGUAUCAGCUACAGAAGUUCAAUAAAAUCCCAUUCAUCGUUUAUAUGCAAGUCCCAAAAUGAUCAUCAUUAUGUGAGAGAGAGAGGCUCCUCAUUCCGUGACUCUACGUUAAGGGCCAAUUCUGUGAAGAGAUCCUCCCAGCGAUCUGAGACUGACUCCCUGGAUAUUCCACCUGGGGUGUACAAGUCCGCCAGUGCUCUGAACUUGACAAUCGAUACCAAUCUGCUGCAUCCUGAUCACACAAGGCUUCAUAAAUCCUGGAGCCUAAGUUCAUCUACCACCCAUUCCAUAGAGAACAUCCCAAAGAUAUCUGGUGGAAGUGCAAUGCAGUCAAAGCAGAGCCUUUCCAUUAGCGAUCAGACACGGAGUGCCCUCCAAUCUGAAUCAUUUGACAAGGCUGAGGUCUGUCCCUGGGAGGUGGAACCAGAACAAUCAGGGGACAAGAACACAAAGCAUGUUACAUACGCAAGCCCAAAGGACAGUGAAGAAAAGGAGUUACCCUCGCCACAAGCACUUGUUUGUCCCUGGGACCAUCUGCCGCCUGUUGAGAAGACUCCUUCAAUGGACAAAAACUCCCAAGCUGACAGCGUGUCACCUAAAACCCCAGUAACUGUGUCUGCAAGUGCACCAGGUACACCAAGACCCCAGGUGAUGAAGAAUCAACGAGUCUUAUCCUUCCGCACCCCCAAUAAUAAGUGGCUCUCUGUGAAAUCUUUUAUGUCAUCUGUUGACAGUAGCAAGUUCAGUAAGGAGAUACAUUUAAACAGGGAGGACUCCCAAAAAAGCCAGGAGAGUGCCUCCACAACACCAGUGUCUGGAUCAUCCAGUAGGCGUCCAAGCAUGGACAAGAAGUCACUGCAGAAAUUUAGUAUGUCAACAACAGAUGGAAAGCCCAGCCUUGUGAAGCAGAAUGCCGUCAGACUGUCUUCUACAGAUUCCUCUGAUAGAAGCCCACGAAGGAUUGUGAUUGUAAGAUCAACCAUUUCCCCUGCUGAUGCUGAUGAUCCUCAAAAAGAGGGCAGCCAUGAACAUGUGUUUCUAUCAAGGCAGAGCAGCAAACGUAGUAGCAUAAGUUCCUGGGAGACCAUAAGCAGCUCAAGAACCCCUUCAACUCGACGAAGAGGCAGCAAUCGCAUCAGACCAACUGUUAAUGCGUCUUACACAGAUGUUUAUCCUUGGGAUGGAGCAAGUUCUGCACAACCAGGAGAAGGACCAAAGAAGCAGCAAAGCAUCAAAGCAAACAUCUGUUCGCAGGAAUCCCAGGUGAUGGAGCGCUCAAAUGUUUGUCCAUGGGAAUCACAAGACCAAGGGACUUUGAGUGGACAAGGGAAGACUAGGGUUGAAGCAUGUCCUUGGGAAUUACAAGAUAUUCCAGACACUCCGCAAUCUACAACAUCCAAAGAUCCACAAAUUCAACCAAUUAAAGUAGAUGUUUGUCCCUGGGAGAAUGUAGAAACUCCCCAAAUUUCAAUACGACAAGACAGUGAAUAUGCAAAUGUUUGUCCCUGGGAGGUUCAGGACAAGGAUGAAAGUACAUAUGAAAACCUAAAUCCUGCAAGGAGCAAAGGUACGCUGAUGGUACCUUUUCAACAAGAAGUCAUGAAAUCUGCCAUCUAUCCCAGUUCAUCCACAGAAGUUAUAAAAUUUACCAAAGCACACAGCACAACAUCCCCUGCCCUGAAUUCAAGUACACAACUGUCCAAAGUAGCUGAGAGCUGUCCAUGGGAUUUCCCCGAUCCACCUAAACCCAUGGAAGAUAUUUGCCCAUGGGAAGCGGGAGACAAAGAACCUUCACACAAAGACUCUGCUUUGCAAAUGACUGUGAACAAAGAUGUGUGUCCCUGGGAAACUGGCCAUCAAGACAAACUUGAUGUAUCUGAAAAAACUGAAGGGACAGAUAGCAACAGGGUGAAUGUUUGUCCAUGGGAGACCGAGUCUUGUGAAAAAAAGGAAGUGUCCAAAACGGAGUCUCAAGGGCAGCAAAGCCCAUCAAAAGUGUUAAGAAAGCAAGACAGUGGUAGGGCAGACGUCUGUCCAUGGGAGACAGAUGAUCCAAAAAUUCUCAAAAACAAGGACAAUGCUUUGGCAGAUGUUUGUCCAUGGGACACAGAAGACGCUACGGUUACAAAAAGACAAGAUAGCAUAAGAGAAAAUGUUUGUCAAUGGGAAAACGAAGAAUCUAAUGUCUUAAAAAAGCAGGACAGCAUUAGAGAAAACGUGUGUCCGUGGGAAAACGAAGAAUCUAAUGUCUUAAAAAAGCAGGACAGCAUUAGAGAAAAUGUGUGUCCAUGGGAAACAGAAGAACCUAAUGUCUUAAAAAAGCAGGACAGCAUUAGAGAAAAUGUGUGUCCAUGGGAAACAGAAGACCCAAAAGUGCUGAAAAAGCAAGACAGCACACGGACAGAUGUUUGCCCAUGGGAGACAGAAGAAACUAAAGACAAAGAUGUUUGUCAAUCCAGUAUCAAAGAACAGGGAGAUGACGUAAAAGUUUCCACAACUGUUGCAGAAAAUGUUUUGUCUACCAACAGUGACGCAGAUGUCACAGACAACUGGAGGACUCUUGAAGAUGAGACUCCAGGAGACAUGGACACGGAGCAGACGGACGAGUCUAAAGCCAACCUGGCUUUGGGUCGGCGUGACGCUUUGUGUCCAUGGGACAUCAUCAGGAGCACAUCAGGCUCAUUUACAGACAAUACUACAGAUGUCUUUACAUGGGAGCCUGAGAACAUCCCAGAGGAAGAUGAGGAAGAUGAUGCAGAGUGUGCUGCUGAGGCUCUCGUUUUCCCACCUGAUUUAUGAAAUCUAAAGGAAAAAACAAUAAACGCUUUCUGCUAUUUGAGUUAGCAGGAGUUAGGAUUAACCCUAACAUUGAACUAUACACUGCAAAACAUAGUAUUUUACCAAAUAUUUUGAGUCUAGA